UUUCGUUGGACUGCUGAACUCGCGAGAUGACUCCGACUGGCAGUGGGUCUUUCCUCCUACCAGAUGUAGUGACGUGAAUACAGCGAGUCUCCCUGUUCAGAGGUUAAAUGAAGGCUGUAAUUCUCGCCGCCGGGUAUGGAACCAGGCUCCAGAGGGACGUGGCUGCCGACAGCAGCGGGAGGUUCGCUCACCUGGCUGGGACCGCCAAGCCGCUGCUGCCAGUCGGCCGCUGCGCGCUACUCUCUCACUGGGUCCGAGCCCUGACGGCGGCCGGCUGUGUGGACUGCAUUCAUGUCGUAACCAACGCUGUUUACCACGCUGCAUUUGAGAAAUGGGCAUCACAUUUCACAAAUGUCAAGAUUCUCAGCGAUCAGACGACAAGCAAUGAAGGCCGCCUCGGGGCUGUGGCCUGUCUGCAGCUGGCAGUGAAGCACUUCAGCAUAGAGGACCAUGUCUUAGUUAUUGGGGGAGACACGCUGUUUAAAGAAGAUUUCAGCCUGAGGAAAGUGCAGGAGAGGUUCAGUGAGCUGCAGGCAGAGAGCAAGGACAGCUGUCUGCUGCUGUCCUACCAGUGCCGAGAGGACGAAACUAGUAAGUACGGGAUAUUGGAAGUAGACCGUGAUCUUCACGUCCUCUGUAUGAAGGAGAAACCUCUUCCUGUUGAGACGGAGUCCAGGAGAGCAGUAGGUUCACCAUACACACUGUACCGCAGUCCAGAUGGAGAGAACACAUAUUUCAGGUCUUUAAACAAAGGGGAGAGCCCCCUGACCAUUGUCCCUGUUUCUAUGUGUUUUCAAAGAAAAGCCUUCCUCUGUUGGAGACCUUCCUGGAAGAAAAGAAGGAGGCUCCCAUUGAACAGAAAGACGCCCCAGGAAACUUUGUGUCCUGGCUCAUUCCCAGGAAGCCCGUCUACAUUCAUGAGGUUUCUGGGCGUUUUGAUGUUGGAAACUUACCAUCCUAUAUUGAAUGUGACCUGUACUUCAGAGAAACACUUCAAGAUGUGGAGUCUUACAUGGUGUAGACGAACCAGAGAUGAACUAAGCACCACAUUUAUUUUUCAAAAAUGGUCCAAGACCAGCACAAAAUCAAUCAAUAUUCAAUCAUUUGUCUGUCACACUAAAUUCACAGGAAUUGUUACUGUAAAUAAGUCUUCCAAUAUCAAAUGUAUGUCACUUCCAAAAUAAUAUUUUCUAUUAAAAUAUGAUUUUUUAAAUGA